GGGGAUGGAAUCAAGAGGUAACCAGUAGAUAGAUAUAUAAUAAAAUGGCUUAUAAUUCUGGUGUAUAUAAGGGGUUGUGGGAGUUGCCAGUGGAGGUUGUUACGAACCACGGGGUUGAAUAAGUUGAAUACCGUGGAUCCAAUCGUUCCCGGUCACACUUUCUCGCGAUUACUCCGAAGAUUUAUAAUUACAAUAAUUCGAAUUUUUCGUCUCUUGGCUAACUAUUUAAAUACAUUUAAUCAAAUAGUUGUAUUUUCGAAAAUUUUCAUUGUUUUUUAACCGCCAAAUAUUUAGUCAAUCAUAACAGUUUUUUUUUUAUUUAUUAAUUUUUUUUUUUUUUUCAAAGUGAGUGUGUCAUUUUGAAAUCAAUAAUUCUUCAGUACAAGGAAAGUUAACAAUGACAAGAUUAAUAAUUAUUAUUUAUUUUAUUAAUAUCAAUUUUAUUAUAAUGGGUCAAAGUGCCCCAUUAAUAAAUUCGCCAACCUCAACGUUAACAUCAGAUUUUAAGUGGAGAGAAAAUACACUGACGCCUAUUUGGCUACCAGCAGUACCGAUUACAAAUAAUAAUUAUCCAAUGAAUGAUUUUAAUUUUUUAACAAUAAAUCAAAAUGAAUGGGAAAACGGAUCGAUAAAAAAAUUUUUACCAGAAGUUGAAUCAGCGUUUAUACCACGACAAAUAACAAGUAGAUCAGUAAAACGAGAUUCUAUUUUAUCACCAAGUUGGGGUGCAGGUGGAUUACCUUUUUCUGUUCUAUACAUGAAUUCACAUAACUCGCGAGUCCAUCCUACUACCGAUACGAGAAUAAAAACGAAGAAACCUAUAGAAAGUACACCAGUUAAUAAAAAUCGUAUAAAUGGGCGGAAUUCACCAGGACAACGAAGGCAAUACUCAAUUAUCCCACAAUUAUUUAUAUCUUACGGCUGGAGUUCAUUUGGGAAAUGAAAAUAAUAAAUUUAUAUUAUUUUUAUCAGUGAUAUUAUUUAUCAAGUCGUCAAGAAAAUUAAUUUUAAAUAUGAUCUCUGAAUUAAUUAAAAAUUGAUCUCAUUAUUUUUGUUAUAUUUAAAAAAAUUUUUUAAAAUUAUUAUUUAUUAAAUUUGUAAAAUAA